CGUUUGAUUGGCAUUGUGUGUGUCCGAAUAGUUAGCCACGGGACCCACGACUAAAAGCUUUGAAUAUCUGACCGGGACGACUGGAGAGGACUCGGAACAACCUAGAUUCUGCACUUGUCUGGAGCAGUGGAUGAGUAGUUUGUAGCAGCUCGGGGAGGGAGUGGGAACAGCAUCGGCCACAACUGGAAUCUCAUUGAUCGGCAGCCAUGAUCACAGUAGAGCAGAGGUCAGAUUUGACAGCAGGAAUGAUUCUCACUGUGGGCGAAGUGUUCUCAAACGGAGCAGGUUCUAACUCGGAUGCCGGGGGCGUUGGAGAAACUUGGGAGGGGAUGUCUGAACUUGUUGAGAGCGCAGACACUCCUGGAGCUAUGCAGCAGGUGUUGGAUAACCCGGGUGAGUUGCCCACCACCACCGGGGCUAAAGACAUUGACCUCAUCUUCCUCAAAGGCAUCAUGGAGAGUCCUAUCGUCCGCUCGCUGGCCAAGGCUCAUGAGCGUUUGGACGAUGUGAAGUUGGAGGCAGUGCAGGAGAAUAACGUGGAGCUUGUGACUGAGAUUCUGGGUGACAUCAGCGGACUGACUGUACAAGAUGACAGCACUGCAGAGCUCUCCAAAAUCCUGCAGGAGCCCCAUUUUCAGUUUCUUCUGGAAGCCCAUGAUAUAGUGGCAUCAAAGUGCUAUGAAGCCCCACCCCCUCCUGAAGUGACCAAUGAAGCAGCAGUAAACAACGCUCUUAUGCAGGCUGAUGCAGUCAGGAUGAUUGGCAUCCGCAAGAAAGCAGGAGAACCUCUGGGUGUGACCUUCCGAAUGGACAAGGGUGACCUGGUAAUCGCUCGCAUUCUCCACGGAGGGCUGAUUGACAGGCAGGGGCUGCUGCAUGUGGGUGACAUCAUAAAGGAGGUGAAUGGGAAGGACGUCGGCAAUAAUCCCACUGAACUCCAGGAGAUGCUCAAAGAAUGUAGUGGAGGAAUAACACUGAAAAUACUGCCCAGCUACAGAGACGCUCCAGCGCCACCACAGGUUUAUGUACAGCCACAUUUUGACUACAAUCCAGCCAAUGACAAUCUGAUUCCAUGCAGAGAGGCGGGGCUUGCUUUCAAAAGGGGUGAUAUCCUGCAGAUUGUCAACCGAGAAGACCCAAACUGGUGGCAGGCAUGCCAUUUAACAGAAGGAGGUACUGGGCUGAUUCCCAGCCACUUUCUGGAAGAAAAGAGAAAAGCAUUUGUUCCUAGAGACCUGGAUGGAUCAGGAAUCCUAUGUGGAACAAUAACUGGUAAAAAGAAGAAAAAAAUGAUGUACCUUACUGCCAAAAAUGCAGAGUUUGAUCGGCAUGAGCUUCAGAUCUACGAGGAAGUAGCACGUAUGCCGCCAUUUCAGAGGAAAACCCUCAUUCUGAUUGGAGCGCAAGGAGUGGGGCGUCGUAGCCUGAAAAACAGACUAGUUGUACUACAUCCCACUCGCUUUGGUACCACUGUACCACACACAUCUCGGCGGUCUCGCAGUGAUGAGCAAGAUGGUCAGUCAUAUAGAUUUGUAACACAUCUAGAGAUGGAGAUGGACAUCAAGGCGGGCCGGUACCUGGAACACGGAGAGUAUGACGGCAACCUGUAUGGUACUAAAAUCGACUCCAUCCAUGAGGUGGUGAACACCGGCCGCACAUGUAUCCUGGAUGUCAAUCCCCAGGUGAGGGAUGUGGACCUGAAGAAGACUGUGGAUGAAAGCGCUCGUAUCCUGCGGGCUUACAGACACUACUUUGACCUCAUUAUUGUCAAUGACAACCUAGACUGUGCAUUUGAGAAACUGCAGUCGGCUGUGGAGCAACUCUGUACUGAACCGCAGUGGGUUCCAGUGAGCUGGGUUUACUAA